UUCGGUGGGAGAUGAAUGACAGAAAGGACCUGUUUGUCUCAUUUGUCCCGGUGCACUGUGUCCCCGUGUCUCUCCGCAGUCAUUGAAGAAAAAGGAGUGAAGAUGAAGCUGACGGUGAUUGAUACCCCUGGCUUUGGAGACCAAAUCAACAAUGAAAACUGCUGGGAGCCCAUCGUGAGUUACGUGAACGAGCAGUACGAGAUGUACCUGCGGGAGGAGCUCCACGUCAACAGGAAGAGGCGGAUCCCCGACAGCCGGGUGCACUGCUGCAUCUACUUCCUGCCUGCCACUGGGCACCGGUUACGUCCCAUUGAUGUAGAGUUCAUGAAGAGGCUGGGGAAGAUCGUGAGCAUCGUGCCAGUCAUCGCCAAAGCUGACACCCUCACCAUGGAGGAGCGGCAGGACUUCAAGCAGCGGAUAAGACAAGACCUGCAGGUCAACGGCAUCCGAGUUUACCCCCAGCGCGAGUACGACGAGGACACAGAGGAUCGGAUACUCAACGACAAGAUCAGGGAAAGUAUUCCGUUUGCAGUGGUGGGAACAGACAAAGAGCACCAGGUGAACGGAAACAAGGUCCUGGGAAGGAAAACCAAAUGGGGAAUUAUAGAAGUUGAAAAUGUUGCACAUUGCGAGUUUGCCAACCUAAGAGAUCUGCUGAUCAGGUCUCACCUGCAAGAUCUGAAGGACGUCACCCACAACAUCCACUAUGAGACCUACAGGGUGAGGAGACUCAACGAGAGCAAUGCCAACGGAAUGGCCCUCUCCCCCCUCAGCCUGGAGAAUGGUACCCUGGACAAGAGCGAGACCGACAGCCACCUCUGAGGAGAGACAGGGAUGGAGGGAGGGUGAGAGAGGAAGAAAAGAAGAGGAAGAAGAG